CGCUGCAUAGUACGUACACGUCGGUGUUGAGCGUACUGUCUUGCUCUGACGCUUGGGUGUUCGGUGGCCCCAUCCGCCGCGAGAAGCGUCGCGACGAGCAAAUGGAUCGAUGCUCGCUACGCGCAGCUCGAUGGCCACCCGUCAAGCUGGCACCGAUCGACGCGAAUGCAUCGAGUGCACCGCAGCCUGGUGUACGUCGUCCUUGAUAUCGCUCGGCGCGACCGUCCUACGGUCAUCUUCGCCGGCGCCGCCCUCGGCUGCAUGGACUUGCAAAACCGAAGGAAACGUUUUGUCCGGAUACGAAAUCCCGAUCCGGAUUCGCGACAAUCAGGUGGCCCCAGAGACAAAAUCUGGCGACGAUGACCGUCGCUCGGAUGUGCGUCGAGUGCGAAGACACGGAGGCCGCCCUCGCGUGCUCCGACUGCGGCGACGUCUACUGCGACCUGUGCUACCAGGCGCAGCACCGCUCGGGCCACCGGCAGAAACACCAGUCGACGCCCUUGGCGGUCGGCGUUCCUGCGCCGUCGACUGCGGCGCGCCCGACGCCGCCGCCGGCGAGCGAGACGAUUUCGCCGCCACCUGCAAGCAUCGCGAUCGCCACCGCCGACGAUCCGAUGGGCGACACGAGCGAGGCGCCGCAGGUCGCGCGUGGUGUCGCGACCAAAGAGGCGCAGGUGCUGGCCGGUCGCGCCAAGUACAUUCCGAUGCGCCUUAGCGACGGGGAGCGCGUGCUCUUCAACCUUCUGGACGCGUCGCUCAAUGUGUCCGAGUACACGGACAAGGUCGACAUCCUCUCGUACCGGUCGCCGGUGAAGCGCAUCCUGACGGAGCUCACGGACCUCUUCAACAUCAUGUCGGGCAUGAUGGUCGCCAGCGACUUUCGCAACGGCAAGAAGAAGGUGCUGGACCGCGCCUACAUGGACAACGCCGACUUCUUCAAGGCUGUCUUUGAGAUUGGGCGUCGCUACAAGGUCAUGAACCCCGAGCGCAUGCGCAACAACUAUGGCAAGAUGAUCUACCUCUUGCAAGAUGCGAGCAUGCAGGAGGUCGAAGGGUACUUUGAGUUUUCGUGCAUUCAAGAUACGCACACGGUGCACUCAUUCUUGGAGGCGCGCAACGGCCUCGACCUCCUCCUCGACGCCGACGUCCCGGUUGCGACGCGGUCCAUCUCGGACACGAGCGCCCAAGCUGCUGUCCAGCGCCAGGAAAAGGCCGCGGCGAUCGCGUCGCUCGUCGCCCAUUAUGCGACCAAGGACUUGACGGCCGACGACAUCCGGCUCUGCCUCGCAUCGAUCGACGACAACAACAGCUACCUCGCGCUCAACUGCGACCCGAUCUCCAAGAUGCAAGCGUACCUCGAGCGGUACUUUGCGACGCCGUCCGGGGGGUUUGCCCUCGACAUUCGCGCUGGCCGCAACGGCGCGCGCCUCACGCACAACCACAAGACGCAGUUUGCCUACGCGAUGCAGUCGCUCUCGCUCUGGAAGAACAUUACGCUCGAGAUGUUUCCGCUCUGGUUUGCGGUCGAGGACGAUCUGCUGCACGGCGGCGGCUACCGACUUCGUGAUACGGGCCAAGGCCUCAACCGCAUGCAGCGCGCGCCAGAGACGUCGUCGCGCAUGCACGCCAUCUUGCACCUCACGCAGAAGGCGUCGUCGAUGGGCUGGGUGGGCUCGAGCGUCAUCCACCUCGGCGACCACAACGUGCCGAACGCGCUCAUGUUUAUCGACAAGUACACCCAAGUGUCGCGGAUUCUGAGCCCGAUCGUCCAAACCGUCGAGUUCAUCGGACGCAUGGAGCACGAUGCCAACACGGCCGUGUACAUUGCGAGCAUGGGCGGCGCCGAGGCGCUCCGGCAGACGAUUCUGUGUGACUUUUUCAAGCACGGCUUUGACGGCAGCGGCGCCGACAACUUCUUUGAUGCAGGCUCGUGCAUUGACGGCCGCCUCACGAGUGCGUGGAACUGGUGCUCCAAGAUUGAGAAGAAGCCGUUCUACUACAUCUUCCUCAUGGCCGGCUUUGUGGGCUUUGACGGCAGCUUUGAAAAGUAGGGAUCGAGCAAUGAACCUCCUCAUGACGUGUGUCU